UCACAUCUCCCAUUUUGGACAGCUGGUUUCUGCCCAUUCUGCCAAUCGCCUCACUGCCUGGUCGCCCCUUUCUGCUCUCUGCCGCACUGCCGCUCUCAGCCUCCGCAUACUUGCUACGCCCUAGUCGGUUGGACCCCCAGCGAGAGGUCUCCUUUAUAUAACAGCAAACGUCGCCGUUGAACUCGCGCUAACCAGCUGCCAAAACCACUCUCCACAUCGCCCCGACGUCGAGGUUGAGGCAGAGACAGCAUGCCGAAAGACCUCCCUCUGGUCGAAUACACCAAGACUCGAAUUACUGGGACAGACGACACAGAGUAUGUAGUCACCUGGAAGCAGUCAGGCGAAACGGUGCGGGUGCGGACAGGCGACUCGAAAUAUCACGGCAAAGGGCUGUUUUGUGCGCAAGAGCGAAUACCGGAAGGGUCAUACCUGGACCACUAUCACGGGAGAACUAUGUCCUCUCUAAAAGCGCAUAAGGAUUACCCUGAGAAUGACGACUCCUUCUAUACGAAAUAUGGCACAGUCGUUGUUCCUUUCAACACCAAUCCGGGCCGAUUCAUUAACGACAGUGUCAAGCUUCCCGAGUCUGAGGACGGAGAGUUGGAGUAUCUGGAGCCACACAACGCCUCGUUUGUAGACAGGGAAGAGGCUGUGUACGUCGUGGCGACAAAGGACAUACUCCAAGACGAAGAGAUCAUAAUAGACUAUGGGCGGGAGUAUUGGAAUGCGAAACUGCUGGAGCACGCUGGCUUUGAAGACAUACCCCCGCGCCUGGAGUUCGUUACAAAUGCAAAGGACGCCAGAACCAAAAAGUGUUGGGCGAAAGCAAUGGGUCGCUCCGAGCUACCUGAUGACGUGCGGUUAAUAAAGAUACGGAGAGGCAAGGUCGAAACCAAACGGAAGGUGUAUGAUUAUUACCUUCUGAAAAAGGGUGUCAUGGGCGUAUGGCGGUCCGGGAAACAGUACGCCGUGCACCUAGAACAUGAGCGCGUCAACGCCUUCGCCGAGUCACCCGCUCCAUGUCCAUGCGAAACCUGCUUGAAGAAACGAGGUGGUGUGAAGCGGAAACUAGCCCGGGCCGAGGACGAUGACGACGUCUCGACCGCUCCACCAACAAACAUACCGCCACCAGCGAAGAGAGCAAGGCCACGGCGCGGGGUGAUAGAGAGCGACUGUUCCACCCCGGACGUUGAGUUACCCGUGUCAUCAACUUCGUCCGUCCGAGAGGAUUCGAGUAGGGAGGACGAAACCGAGCCGUUGCCUCUACCGCUGUCAAACCCUAUUUCACCGCGUCUGCAGACUAUCAACUUGCACGGCUCUGUGUCUACUUCAACCACCUCAAACAAAUCAAAUACACUUCAAAUCGAGGCUCGGCAGGAAGUCGUAACCACACAGGACAAGGAAAACCACCAUACAACCUAUGCUGAGGGACUGUCAUGCACAAUCAUCAUCGGUGACGAAUGAGUGGAGGAGAACCUUCUUGGUCGCUCAAGCCUUGGCGACAGCAAUUCAGCCCUGGGCUUAUUGUUGGCAUGCCCGAUAUGCGAACUCCGAGUUGCCUGUUUGA